AUGGCCAAUGUACAUACAUUACCCGAUAUCAAAGGUCAUCGACUUGGUAGUAUGCGUGAACAGGAACUCGAAAAAAAAUUACCUUACUCUCUCAAAUCCAAAGCUGAGAUUAAUGAUCUUAGUGAGAAAUUGCAAGUUAAAUACUCUAUGCAAACAAAAGACUUUGGUCAGGAGAAAAAACGGCGGAAUCGUGAAUCAAUACAAAAUAAUAAUGAGAUUAGAAGUAUCAUGGAUUCAUGUCCAAAUAUAAUCCAUCUAGAUUUCAAAAGUAGUGAAGGUUUCAGCAAUAAAGCACUAAUUAUAAUAGCUGAAUCAUAUCCGAAUUUGAAAUAUCUUAAUUUAUGGAAAAACAAAAUAAUAACCGAUAAAGGACUUUCUACAAUUGCACAAUUAUGUUAUAAAUUGGAAUAUCUAAACAUUUCUUACUGUAAAUCUAUAACUGAUGAAUCCUUAAUAAAAAUUGCAGAAUCGUGUCAGAAUUUGGAAGAAUUUUACUUUAGUGGAGCACAUUGGAUUACUGAUAAAUCAAUAAGUUGCAUCAUAAACCAAUGUCCAAAAUUACGAUGUCUUGAUAUUGCAUUUAGUCACGGUAAAAUUGAAGAUACUAGUUUGUUAACACGAAGAUCACUCAGCAUGGAAUAUCUUGAUUUUAGUGGUGUCAUGGCUUUUCAAAAAAACGCAUAUAUUUCAGCUAUCAUUAGAUCUUCUCCGAAUUUAAAACAUUUCGAUAUAAGUGGUAAUGAUAUAGGCAAUGAUCUUAUUGAUACAAUAGCUACAUGUCAUAAAUUGGAAUAUCUUGAACUUGAUGGGAAUGAUUUCAUUACUAAUUCAUCAAUUUGCAAUGUUAUUUGCUCUUGUCCUAAACUUCAGCAUCUCGCACUUGCUUAUUGUAAAAUCUCUAACACAACUAUCAGAGAAAUCACCGGUUCAUGUCCUGAUUUAAAAUACCUUGAUUUGGAGGGUGUUGAAAAUAUCAAUAAAAAAACUAUAAAACAACUUAACCCAAAUAUUCAUAUCGAUAAUUUCAAUGAAGAAUAUUGUGAUUGGCCUGAUUCUGAGACCGACUCUUCUAAUUCUGAUUCAGAAGAUGAACUCCCCCACUUAUAA